AUGCCCAAGAAAAAGCCAACUCCUGGUGACGAGCCCAAGAAGGAGACAACUUCAGAUGAGGAAUCCGGGGAUGAGACAACUCCUGGUGCCAGUCCCAAGGAUGAUCCUGGUAGCAGUCCCAAGGGUAGGAAUAGUCCAGGGAAGAAAAAGAAAGUCAUUGGAGCUGUCAUUGGAGCCACAGUGGGAGCAGGAGUGGCACUGGUUGGCAUCCCGUUGUUCAUCAGCGCGCUGGGGUUCACAGGAGCCGGCAUCGCCGCUGGCUCCAUCGCUGCCAAGAUGAUGUCAGCAGCUGCCAUUGCCAACGGGGGAGGAGUGGCUGCCGGCAGCACCGUGGCCGUGCUGCAGUCGGUCGGAGCUGCAGGUUUCUCUCUCGGUACCAAAAUUGGGCUGACAUCUGCACUGAGCACAGUUGGUGGAGCAAGCGGUUUUUUGCUGUCCAAGAAAGCUCGAAAAGACAAAGCUAAAAAAAAGGACAAAAAUGCAAGUGACAAACCCAAGAAAAAGUAACUCGGGUGAUGAACAUGAGGAGGAGACAACUCCAGACAAGGAACCCAGGAGAAGCCAAGCAGGUGCCUGACCCCAAGGCUUUGCAAUGCACAAUGGCAGGUGCUGGCAAAGCCCCACAGACCCCUCAGGGCUUUGCCUCCCCUUUCAAAAGUUUUGGAUUUUCUUGAGCAACAAGUGCUCAAUAAAGGCACUUUUGCUGCAGCAGAGAUGGUGUUUGUGUGUCACUGCAGCUCUUGGGUGAUGGUGGCAUUAGAGGGUGACAGAGCACCAAGAGCACCAUCCCCACAUGAAAUCUGUGAGAUUCUGCUUUUCAACUGUGUAUUGGUUUUAUAUACUGCUUUUAGAUUCCAGCAUCAUACAGGAAAGGAGGAUGGAUGCAGUCUUUAAUUAAG